AUGCCGCCGUUCGACGCGCCGCCGGCGAGCGGCCCGGCGCGGAACCCGCCGCCGGCGCCCGAGGAGGCGGGGGCGGCGCCGCACGCGCGGACGCGGCUGCACGACAUCGUCAAGGAGCUGGACCCGAACGAGCGGCUGUCGGACGAGGUGGAGGACGUGCUGCUGGAGCUGGCCGACGACUUCGUGGAGGCGACGGUGCGGGCCGCCUGCCUGUCGGCGCGCCACCGCCGCUCCGCCGUCGUGGAGGCCCGCGACGUGCAGCUGCACCUGGAGCGCCACUGGAACAUGUGGCUGCCGGGGUUCGGCACGGAGGAGCUGCAGCCGUACGCCCCGGCUGCCGAGGGGGAGGCCCACCGCCGCCGCAUGGAGCUCGUGCGCGAGGCCGCCGGCAAGUGACGGGGAGCGAGUGACGGUGGACACCGAGAAUGGCGGAGGGGUGUCCGGUGCGGUAUUACAGUUCCGAGUGUGACGACGUUCGGGGAAGAGCUCGUAAUGUGUCCCCUACCCCCUCCUUCCACUGCGAGAGGACAAAACUUUGUAAGCUAAAAGAAAUUGAGUCACGUACGUACACAGUGCCGCCUAUUAGUGAAAGGAGCCCACUCUCGUGCGAUAUCGGACACGACUUUUUGCCUCGAAUUCUUCGUUUGAGAAAACUGUAAACUCUUUGACGAGGCGUAACAGCUAGCUGCUACUCGAGUUGGCGAGGAGAAAUUCGGAGUGCUGCCGGUAGGUGUGUGGAAAAGCGGAGGAAAUGACUCUCUAGUUGUCGGAACUUCGACACUGUGGGUGGAGAUAGAUUGCCAGUUAACGUAAAGAAGAUAAGUUCCGGACAGAUACAAUAAAAGGCACUCGCGUAAAACUUCCGGCCGCGGCCUCGAUCGGCAAAAGAGCAACGCGGACCGUUCGUAACGCGGGCGAGCGCACUCGUGGCCGUGAAGUCUGGCAGCUCUGACCGAGGCAUCGGAGCCGGCAGCCGCGUGUGCGCAGGGCGAACCGGCUCGUGCUACUAGCUGUAGCUUCCUUUCGAGUGGGGGGCCUCGGUGACAUCACAACAUUUUAGCAGUUCCUGUGCUGUUAGCGUGUAGAGGCAUCGUAGACUGGAAGUUUCGUGCACACGCUUAACCUCUUUUAUGUGUGGGACAAAUUUUGUUCUCUUCCCUGGAAUGGCAGAAACAUUUAUCAGUGGUAGCUUUUGUCAUUCAUUUGUUGUUCUGUGUAAUUUUUGUGUGUGUUCGUAAGAUGUGCACGACUUGUAAUUACUUAAUGGGCAUACUGUUUUAAAACACUGAAAAACAUUUGGAGGACAGUUUCAGUUAAAUAUGUUUGACAUUCUGGUCAAAUACGAAUAAUAAGGUAAUAAUUGUUGUCAGUG